AUGGCCGAGAUCCGAACGCACGAGGCGCUGAAGACGGACGGUCUCCUCACCCUCUUCCAGGAAGACAUGGGCAAAGCUCUCUUUGUCUCCCACCAAUGGGUCAGCAAAAUGCACCCGGAUCCCGAGUUCAAGCAGUUUCGGAUUCUGCAGAAUGCUCUGCGCAACGUCGUCUCCGGCGUGAUACAUGUGGAUCUGGACAUCGCGACGGAGCUGAUGUUUGGCGGUUCUAGGUCCCUGGAUCUAGGUGCAGAGGCCCACGCACAGCUUCUCUCUAUCUGGUAUGAUUAUUUCAGUUGCCCGCAGUUGCAGAUCAUUCAACAGGGAGGAACCGGUGGCGACCUUGACAAGGCCAUUGACAGCAUCCCCGCAUACGUGGCCAAGUGCAGCUUCUUCUGUGUUCUGUGCCCCAUCAUCGAGAGCCCAGACAAGUCCCGCGUUUUCAGCCCGUGCACAUGGGCACAGCGAGGCUGGUGCCGAAUUGAGAGGAUGGUUCAUGAAAGCGCAGGACAUGGUCCCUUCGUCGUGAUCCGAAGCGCAAAGAAUCUUCAACUGGUGGCCACAUCAUUCUUUGCUUCCUAUGGAAGCUCACCGGGCCUUGGGGAUUUCAGCGUGGAGCAGGACCGCUUGAAAACCGCCCUUGUGCUCAAGCAGGUGUUAUUGCGGAGGAUGCGCCAAAGUCUGCGCAAAGGCGAUUUCGCCACCUACCGCGUCGUUCUGAAUGCACAGGUUGCUCUUUUCAAAGGCCUGCCAGUGGAACCCCUUAGAGGCCUCGUCUUAGACACGGAUGGCCCGGAUGAGUCAAUUCCUAGGACAGUGGCCGAGUUUUUGCACCGGAACCGCUUUCGCCAUCCUCUGGAGUACGACAGCGCAGGAUGGUCUCCCCUGUGUUAUGCAUGCAUGAAGGGUGAUCUUCCGGUGAUUCGAGGACUCUUGGAAGUAUCGGCCGAUGCGAAUGAUCAGACGAGGAAGGCGCAGCCAAUCUUGGCUCUCUUUGCAGCCAACACCGUUCUCGGUCUCUGCGCUUUGUUCCAGAACAACGAUGCUAUGAAGUUGUUAAUUUCGGCCAAAGCGAAGGUGAAUGCCCGCAAAGGCACCUUCCCGCCUAUACUUGGUGCCAUCUUCGCCAACAACGUAGAGGGUAUCCGGAUCUUACGGCAGCACGGAGCCUCUGCAAAUGUCGCAGCGCCAACAGGGAUUUCAGCGGUGCAGCAAGCCUGUACAACUGGUAGCUUGGAGGUCCUCCAAGUCUUACUCUUUGAGACCGAGAGCAAGCUGCCGUUGACGCAAGCGCUACACCAUGCCGCAAUAUUUCAAGACAGCUCUGCCAAGAUCAUUCGAAUGCUGGUUUCAGCGAGAGCCGAUAUCAACGAGCAGUACACGGGGUCGUUCCGGACGGUGCUAGGGCUUGUUCUCCGCAUGAGGGGAAUUCAGUACAAGUUUUGCGGCAAGGCAACAAAGUCGAGAUUCUUGGGAUACCACCAUCGUGGUGCCACCCCACUUAUGAUGGCCAUAAUGGCCGGGCAGUUUGAAUGUGCUGCUGCCCUCGCCGUGGCUGGAGCCCGCCUAGAUCUCCAAAACGCAAGGAGACAGAAGGCUGAGGAUUUGGCCAAGCAGUUGGACGUGCCAGAAUUCUUGAUGGAAGCCCUGCAUGGGCGAGUGGACAGAUGUGCAGCAGUGGUCUCUCUCGCCACUUCACAAGACAAGUGUCGCGAUGCACUCGAAGAAGACUAUUUCGAGGUGUGA